UCUUUGUAGAUGUGCAUGCACCAUAAUGUGUGUAUGCAUGUUGAUUAUGGGAUGAUGGGUGUUUUGAAAGCAGAGCCAUUCGUGUGGGGGUCACUUACAAAUAUGACCCACGUUUCUCUUUCAUAUUUUUAGUCCCUCUUUUUCUCUUCUCUCCACUCUCCUUACUAAAACCCAACCCUUCUUCACUCCUCUCAUUUUCACUCACCUCCUACUAUAUAUGCACACACACACUCCCCUCCCGAAAACUUAUUUCUCAUUACAUUACAUCACUCACCACUCAACACCCAAUCAAACCUUCAACAACAUACAUAACACGCAUUCUCACUCACUCAACCACGUAAGCAAGCAAAUCGCAAUGACUGAGCUACCUGGCUCAGAAUCAUCCUCCUCUGCUUCCACUCGCAAGCACUCGUCUCCACAGGCCCAUUUCGCAGGACCGGAUCACAAAAAGCCCAAGCAGGCCCGAGAUACCAGCAGCAAGCACCCCGUUUACAGAGGAGUCCGAAUGCGGGCCUGGGGGAAGUGGGUAUCCGAAAUCCGCGAGCCAAGGAAAAAGAACCGGAUCUGGCUCGGCACCUUCGCCACCGCCGAGAUGGCGGCGCGUGCCCACGACGUUGCCGCGCUCGCCAUCAAAGGCAACUCCGCCAUUCUCAACUUCCCCGAGCUCGCCGGCUCCCUGCCGCGGCCCGACUCGAACUCGCCGCGGGAUGUUCAGGUGGCGGCGGCAAAGGCCGCCGCCAUGGAGGUGAUGGAUCCCCCGACGACUCCGUCGUGGACGCUGUCGCAGUCUUCUUCGUCAUCCUCGUUGGCGGUGAGUUCGUCCUCGGGGGAGACGUCGACGGCGGAUGAGCUGGGAGAGAUAGUGGAGCUGCCGAGUCUGGGGACGAGUUUGGAAAUACCGGAACGGAGUGAGGAGGUGGUGUUCGUGGAGCCGGUGGACGGGUGGCUGUAUUCCGAGGCGUGGUGUGACGGCAUUUAUGGUGAGAGGGAGUGUGGGGGUUAUUUUAUUGGAGAUGAGAUUUCAAUGCAGGAGUCAGAGAGCAUGAUUCUUUGUGGCUUUGAGGGUUCCUUGUGGCAGCAUUAAUGUGUGGGAACUGCUUUCCUUUUUUUGUCCCAUUCGUUUCAUUUGACUUGGAAUGUGUGAGCCCUUUCCCAAUUUUUCACUUUAAGGGCUACACACAUUUCUUGUCCCUCCACAACGAUCAUGGAUGGACCUACUAUUUCUACCGCCACCACUCCCUUCCCUCUCUUCCACACCACCCACACCUACCUCCUCAACUUCUUCUGUCCAUCAUGUAAUACUGCUACUACUCAUAAUAAUAAUAUUAUUAUUAUUAUUAUUAUUAAUAAUGCAAAUGAAAUCCGAUAUACCUGUAGAAAUGGUGCCAGAUCUUGUAUCAUAUAAUUAUUGUUGUAUUUUUGCUAUACUUUUCAUUGACAGGACCAAUAAAAGUAAAAGCAGAUUCUCUGUUUGCAGUUUGCAUUUUU